AUGAGUGAAAAACUCCCUCCAGGAACAUUAUGCGCCGUUUGUGACGAUGUUGCCACUGGAAAACAUUACAGCGUCGCAUCUUGCAAUGGCUGUAAAACAUUCUUCAGACGGGCACUCGUGAAUAAACGAGAAUUUAUAUGCCCAGGAAACAAGGAUUGUCCUGUGAAUAAAGGUGUUAGAUGCGCGUGUCGUUAUUGUCGUCUGCAAAAAUGUCUUGCUGUCGGAAUGGAUAAAAACUCUAUCCAAAAUGAUCGUGAUCGUAUCGGUUAUACGAAACGAAAAAGAAGACAUGAUGAUGGAAAAACUGAAAACGAUUCAUCGAAUGAUGGGGAUAAUGCAGGAAGAACGUCACGGAGUUGCAGUCCUGGGGAUAUAAAAGAAUCAAAACUCGAUUUGGCCGCUCUCGAUCCGAUCGCUGAAAAGUUGACUACUCUUGAGAACAAUUUCACUCUUCUCUUAAGUCGUUGCUCGAAUUUAAAAGUUUAUGAUACACUCGAAGAAGCGCUGAACGCUCCUAGCAAACUAAUGCAACCAAUUGACUGUGAUUGGGAUGAUCCGGUGGUUAUCGCUCAUAAAGCCGAUGAAAAAAUGCCGUUUUGGAGGCAGCGCCUAAUCGCAUUAUACGUGGAUUGGGCAAAGACAUUCUCUACUUUUCGUGCUUUGCCUUAUACGGAUAAAGUUGCUAUAGUAACGAAUCAUGCCUCGUCGUUUAUGAUAAUGUGCGAAGCGUUUCGGACACCAGAGCACAUAAAGUCCAAGUCAUCAGAAGUGUCGGAAAUUGUAAAUACAUCGGGAUCGGGAAGUAGCCGCGUGCCGUCAGAAGCCUGUAGUAGCAUUAGUGGUGGCAUUUUUGAUGAAUUCGAUGAGCUUAGUAACAUGCCUUCAAUUAACGAGGGAAUUAUUUUCAAUCAACCAAGUACAUCGACAAGAACGAAUUUCGAUGAGCGGCCAAUAAAAUUGGAGCCAAGCGAAAGUCCGGACCAUAGAGCUGAAAUGAUUCGAUUACCUACCGAAUAUGGUAGUCUUCCUGCUGACUAUGCAUCAUGGAUUCCAAAAGAUUAUGGUCACCCGCAAGCGGGACAUGAAGGGAAACCAGAUGUUCAUAAUUUCUUCGAUCCACGCCAUUUUUGCGAGGGGAGACCGGCGUCAUGUAGUUUUAGCGAGCGUUCAAUGAAAACUGCAAAUCUCAAUGUUCCAAAAUCGAAUUCUCAUAAGGGGCAUUCAGUAAGUUUGUCUGGAAUUACGCCGGUUCUUGCUAUGAUGAUCGAUCUAGUGAUGAAACCAUUUCGUCAACUCAAUUUUUCAACCACAGAGUUUGCACUUUUACAAGCAAUAAUGUUUUUUGAUCCUGACACUGAAGGUCUCGAUUUCGCUUCACAAAGAAAUGUGAUUGCUGAACAGAAAAAACUUUUGGCCGUAUUAUAUCGACACCUUUUGAAAUCUUAUAGCUUGGAUGCAGCCAAUGAACGCUAUUCUUCGAUUUUGUUGAGGAUACCGACAAUUCGCAGAGCCGCUGCAAAGAAAAAUGAAUCAUUGCAAGUGCUUGAUAUGCUACAGAUGCACGAAAUGAACUCAUUGGUCAAGGAGACAUCAUUAGGUCCUCGGCCAACUGCUGUACAGAAAAUGAUGGGAAUCGCUGGAGCUGCAACAGGCCUCAACACGUUGUUCACCUCGUGA